CAGCGCAUGCGUGAUUCAUACAUCCGCUAUAAUGUCAGGCGAUUGAAAGAACAACAAUCAAUAAGUUGAUUUAAAAUGUAAACUUUACAUAUUUCGAAUCCUCUCUUAGCUCAGAAAUGUGGUUGAACGACUAAAGGUUUACUCUAGUUUGACCUCAACUUAAAAAUUUAUUGGAAGAAGGUCAGAAACAGCAUCGGUAGAGGUGUUGGGUGUUCCCAAAUUGAAAUUUGAAAGGAUGGCCACAAGCGAUGGUUCUGUGGUUGGUGUGAUGAGGCCAGAGCCAGAAGCUUCCACCUCCAUGGCCGAAGACAGCGAUGACUCCAAUGAAGAAUCUGGCAAGGCAGGACAACAUUUGGACCAUGCAGAGAUGGGCGGAAAGGCUUCCACCUUGAAAGCCAAGGACAAAAUUGGACACAGACGAGUGGACAAGACGGGAGCAGUAACCUAUAAAAAGAAAUCCACGUCAGAGUUGAUGGCAGCGAUCCAGCUGGGUAUAGGACAGAGCGUGGGAGGAUUGUCAUCCAAACCGGAGCGAGACUUACUGAUGCAGGACUUUGCUGUCAUUGAGAGCGUGUUCUAUCCAUCAGAGGGAAGUAACCUAACGCCAGCCCAUCAUUACAGCGACUUUCGUUUUAAGACAUACGCCCCGAUUGCUUUCCGCUACUUUCGUGAAUUGUUCUCCAUUCAGACAGAUGACUUUCUGUUGUCACUGUGUGACCAGUCGUUGAAGGAGCUUUCGAACCCCGGGGCGAGCGGCAGCAUCUUCUACCUGAGUCAGGACGACGAGUUCAUCAUCAAGACAGUGCAGCACAAGGAGGCGGACUUCUUACAGAAACUGCUGCCAGGCUACUACAUGAACCUGAAUCAAAAUCCUCGGACCUUGCUUCCCAAGUUCUAUGGAUUCUACUGUUAUCAGUGUGGAGGCAAAAACAUUCGAUUCGUAGUCAUGAACAAUCUUCUUCCAUCGUCGGUCAAACUUCAUGAGAAGUACGACCUGAAGGGAAGCACGUACAAGAGGAAGGCGUCCAAGGCUGAGCGGUCCAAGUCCAGCCCCACCCUCAAGGACUUGGACUUCAUGAACAACCACCCCGAGGGAAUCCUGCUGGAAAAGGAUAAAUACGACGCUCUCAUCAAGACCAUACAGAGGGACUGUAGAGUGCUGGAAAGUUUCAAGAUCAUGGAUUUCAGCAUGCUGCUGGGAAUUUACAAUCUAGAUAUUGCUGCUCAGGAGAGGAAACAGCAGCGUCCAUCAUUGAGCAUGUCAGCUAACCCUGACGUAUCGGCCAUGGCGGAUUAUCCACACACGACGCUCUCUCCAGACGGAGGACAUGACACAGGUGGUCGCACGCCGCGCUCAGGUGGUGCCCCACAGCGGACCAAGUCCAUCAAGACCCGCGUGGCACAGUACACCACCCCCAUGGAGUCUAUCACCGCCCACAACACAGAGUCUGACGAAGAGGAGCAGGAGGACGACGAAUUUCCACCGGGAGGCAUUCCAGCCAGGAACAGCAAAGGGGAGAGAAUCAUGUUGUACCUGGGUCUCAUCGAUAUACUACAAAGCUACCGACUCAAAAAGAAGUUCGAGCACACCUUGAAAUCUAUAGUCAUUGAUGCGGACAGUAUAUCUGUUCACCGACCCAGCUACUACUCUCAGAGGUUCCAGGAUUUCAUGUCUGCCAAAGUCUUCAGGAAAAUCCCCACACAUUUACGCCAAAAAAUGGCUCUUAAACAUUCGCCAUCCAAGCGCAAACCUACUAUGGGUAAAAGAGCAAAUACGACAUCUGAAUCUGAGACCCUCUCGGAGCCUCUGAGAACAGAGGUUAGAGGUCAAAGAACAAGGAACAUCAGUUUCUCGGAUGAUGACGGCCUUCCGUCAGGCACAAAAGGAGGCAGGCCUGACCUACUGCCAGAAAAUUCAACACCCCCUCCAACUUUCGCUGAGGCCAUAGCUUCCAAAUCGGAGGCUUCCUCACAUGGUCAUGAGAUGCCCAUGUCAAGUCGCACACCCGGAACUUUAGGAUCCACAUUCCAGACGGUCACUGACUCUGCACAUCCAGUCUCUCCCAAAAUGUCCAGUCUGCGGGGAUCCCCACCCCUGAGUAUCUCGGAGUCCACGCCCACACACACAGAGUACACGGAGGGUACCCCCAGUUACACCCCCUCCUCCCCUAGCUGUUACAGCGACAUAGAACCUGCGUUUCAAGCUGAGUUGGACAAGGACCACACCUCCCCAGUAAUGAGGAGAGGUUCACCAGGAUUCACCAUCGCCAAUGUUUCCAAUAACUCGGAUCACAGUAGUGCUGGAAUGAAAACAGUUAUCACAAUUUCAGACACUUCUUCACACAGUGACAAACACUCUAGUGAUCAAGACCCCAAGAACAAACUUUCAGGUGAACAAGAUGUCAAGCAUUCAGGUGAUACAGAUCAAGCUGCAGUGUUAGCAUCUGACAUUCCAGUGACUUCCACAAAAGAAGAGGAGGAUUCAGGAUCAACAGGGGUGGAUAAAGCAGGGAAUUCCACAUUGGGGGAUUCUCCAACGGGCAAUAAGGCAAUGGGAUCCACGGAAGAGAGUGGUGCUAUAGAAAUGUCUGGUGUUUCGGGGAAAGCUUUGCAUGCUGGGAUAGCUUUGCAUGGUGUGGUGAAGGGUACUAACAAAACUAAUUUCUUGCACCACAAAUUAGACUCCAGGUCUUUGUCUCAAAAGACACUAGCUAACACUAACAAUGACAUAGUGCGACACACAGAGGCACGCAACAGCAGAAUUAGAGGGGAGUUUAUCAUGCAAGAAAGAAGAGCUUCUGCAAAGGGAGAGAACUCUGAAGAUGAUGUUGGUGAAGAAAGAGAGGAGUUAUCUCCUCUUGGGAGCGGAUCUGGCUCAUUUUCUGAUGAGGAUCCAGAGUCUUAUUCCAAGGUCCAGAUGAGAACAAGACUGGAUCAUCUCUUGAAGCAACAGUCUCUCAGGCGCUCGGCUGAUAACCUGAGAGUCUCGGCCCCUCCACUGUCCAUUCAUUACUACAAGCCAGUCGCACUGAGGCGAUUCACCUACCUACCCAGAAAUGAGCUGGAGUACAGCCAGACAGCGGAGAGUUCCACAGGAAGGCAGACAACUCAUCUUUAAUAACCCUAAAUCGUGAAGGAGCAGUGACAUCUUUUUUCUCAAAGAAACAUGAAGAUAAAACUUUCCUUUCCUUUGUGUAUCUAUAGUAGAUUUCCUUAGUGUAGAAGGAGAUGAAUGCUUUGUGUAGUCAGUGUUGUUGUGUAGUAUGUAAAAUUUGAAACAGUCUUUAAUUUGGUUUAAAGAUGAACAAAUUGGUUUUAUAAAAUAUAUGAGUAGGGAGGUUGUGUAACAUAUACAAUGGACUGAGCUACAUUCAUAACAGAUAAUUCUGGUAUAUGAAUGUUUUCUUCCAACUGCAUUGCCAAUUAGGAUGUGUAAUUGUUUAUAAAUUGUUGACUGGUUUUGAUGGCAGAAUGCAUUUUGUUACCAGCUCUGCUCACUAAAUUUCAACAGAAUUGUGACCAAAGGGGGCUUGGAAGCAUAUGCAUCCCUCAAACCCAAUCAAUUAAGUUUUGAUGAAUACAUUGCUUUGGGAACCUGCUCUUAUUUAUUGCUCUCUCUCUCUCUCUCUCUCUCUCUCUCUCUCUCUUAAGCGUCAACAUGCACCUGGAAUGUAGAAUAAGUUCAGGUUUUACAAUUAUAUUUGUACAUGUUGUAUAGAGUUUUAUAUUUUUUAAAGUGAUGAUGCUGUAGGUUAUUGAUUUUACACGUAAUAUCUGUGUCCUCCCAGCAUUUUUUUUUUCUUAAAAGAGGUAUUUUAACAUAAACAAGAAAGCAGUCUAUUCGACUAUGAAUGAUAGAAAAAGACUGUUGGUAGAUUCCAAACAGAUAUAUUUUAAACUUGACUGAUUUUUGUUUUCUUUGUAUUUUUCUGAUUUCAGAAGUAGAAAGGGGGAAACUCUCAGUAAGGCUGACUUGUAAUUCUGUUGCACCUCAUCUAUAUAGUCUUGAAUCUUAAUGAUAUCAUCAACCUAAAGAGUUAAAAGACAGGCAGGGCCCCUAAUCACCAGAUUCAUUUUAAUAAAGGUCAAUUUUGUUUUAACUUAAAAAUUUGUAAAAACAAAAGUAUACAUACCUGUGGUUAUAAAAAUCAAAAAAUGAAGUGCUAAUGAAAUGCUUUAAGAUAAAGUAAUUUGAUUUUUUGAUUGUACUAGUAAAUCACUUUUUACGAAAACUUAAUAAGUAUUUUCACCCUAAAGUCACAACUUUUGAUCAAUGAUUCAUGAAAAUUUAAAAUUCAUGUAAAAAAAAACCCAUGUAAAAUAAAAGUGAUGAAGAGUUUAUCAUUGCAACAUUGUAUUUAGGUUUUGAUUUUACGAAUUUGCAAUUCGGUCUUUUAACUCUUUAGGAAUAUGAUAUCUUUAGUGAGUUAGUGACUGUUUAACUGUUAUACGGAGUGUUUUUUUUUUACUUUUGGGAUCAUAUGUAUUGAAACAUAAAAUCAGAGAAUCCUAUAAAGAAAGAAGGAGAUUUGUUGUUGUCCUGUAAUACUGUACCCACUUUCUGAUUCCUAGUUAUCCAUUAUUUUGAAAAAAUCCUUUUAUAUGCCAGUAUCCUCGGGAUAUCCCCUGAUGAUUAUCCUACCACGUGGCUGAAUCUGUGUAGCCUCACUCAGAAAACGAUGACCCAGUGCAAAUGAUAUAUUUAUCUUGUAUAGUAAUAAGGCCCAAAGAGUAAAGAAAGGCAAUCUGGCUAGGGGGAAGCGAGCUCUAUUGAAAAAAAAGCUUGAGUAUACAUUUGACCUUCAUGAGUUUUGUUUUUGACAGUAUCCCAGAAUUCUUAUGCUCCCAGCAGUACCUUGCCUGAUCAAUCAUAUUGAUUACAUGAUCAAUCAGAUUAAUACAGUGUCAAGUACAGAGACUCAUAUUUUUGCACCCCCCCCCCCCCUUAUUUUUUGAAGCCAAGAAAAUUUGGUAUUUUAGUCCCUGAUAUGGAUAUGUUAGGUAUCAUUGUUUCACUUGACUUGACACAAAGAUCGAGAUGACUAUCAAGGAUGAUUUUAUAAUGAUUUGUUUUUUAGAAUGACAAGCUUCCUUCGAUCUGUCCCUUUUAGUCAAGUAGUUUUGUAGAGUAGUAAGGCCUGUCUAUUCUGACGAAGUACUGUCAAGUUUUUAUCUUGUACUGUUGCUUACACUAUCCUAUGGAAGUGAAACGAUGCCAACAUUACAAGGUUGUGUUUUAGCAGCUGUAGCAAAUUGCAUAAGAUAAAGGGUCAAUUCAUUAUCAUAAUCUAAAAAUAUACUUGUUCACUAUAUAGGAUAUACAUGAAGUUGUUAUUUCGGCUAUCCAUCUAUAUGUACAAAUAUGUGCAUCACAUCAAAGGUUUUAUUGUUGUGUCGGUUUAGACAGGUUUUCUUUUCAUUAGAGGCACCCAUUCUUCCCUGUAUAUUGAAACCCCUUUAUUAUUAAUGUUCAGUCUAAGAAAAACUUUGUCAUUGAUUGAUGCUACUUUAUUUGAUAGAUUAUCAUGAUUCUAAAAUUUGUCAGAGUUCAAUUUUCCCCAGCUGAUGAUAUUAAUAAAAGGAAAGUUUU